GACGGUGAACCGCUGCUGGAGGCAUUUUUGAUGUAGUAUUAAGGUUGUUAAUCCUAAAAGUACGUGUUAGAAUUGUUGGAUAAAGUGGCGAGGAUGUAGACAAGACUUUUAGCGCUCUCUUUCUCUCUGCUCCCGGUCUUCUUGCUGAUUUCAUUCGAGCGGUUUACAUGCUGACAGUCAUUCAGAAAUACCACAGAUACACUGAGCUUUCACGUGUUUGACCGAGCUUGUUUAUGAUAGUUUCUUCACCUUUUACACUAAUAUUUUUCCGCAUAAUUGUAGCCAUUUUUUCUGUACUCUGUCCAGUCCAUUCACUUGAAGUUGGCGUUGUAAUAACAGACGAAUUGUCUGUACAUUACUCGGGUUAAAUUUAUCGACAAGACACAUAAAUACUAAGGGCAUUGGAUCGGAAAAAAGGAACUUCUUUUUAGGAAUAACGGCAUGGUAUACCUGCAAAUUACCAGAGAGUAACAUAUUAAGGAUUUUUCCACUACAGCUGGGACAUACAGUUAAAACGGCUAAGCAUUAGUCUUCAUUGUUGAGUGAAAAUGGAGUUUCUUUGGAUCUUUCUUUUGCUGGAGAUGGCCCUGAUGUCCACAGCUGCCAGGGGUCCUCCAAGAGUUUCAGAGAGGGUUACCCACCGUCAGAGCGUCCGCCUGGGUCGCACUGUGAAGCUCCCCUGCCCUGUGGAAGGCGACCCCCCUCCCCUCAACAUGUGGACAAAAGAUGGCCGGAACAUCCACACCGGCUGGACACGGUUCAGGGUUUCACAGCACGGCCUGCGUAUUAAAGAAGUGGAGACGGAUGAUGCAGGGACUUAUAUCUGUAAGGCUACCAAUGGGUUCGGCAGUGUGAACAUCAACUAUACGCUGAUCGUCAUAGAUGACUCCAGUUCAAGAGGUGGAACAGGUGCAGCCACUGGUGACUCUGAACACACCCCCGAGUUGGCUGGGAAGCUGGUUCGCCCACGUUUCACACAGCCAGCAAAGAUGCGGAAACGUGUCAUUGCACGUCCAGUGGGCAGCUCUGUACGCCUGAAGUGCAUGGCAAGCGGUAACCCUCGCCCUGACAUCGUCUGGCUGAAGGACAGUAGGCCGCUGGUAGAUGAGGAUGGAGGACCAGGAGGGGACGGCAAGAAGAAAAAGUGGACUCUGAGUCUGAAGAACUUAACGCCUGAGCACAGUGGGAGGUACACCUGCCACGUGUCCAACAGAGCAGGAGAGAUCAAUGCCACCUACAAAGUGGAAGUCAUACAGCGUACCAAUUCUAAACCCAUCCUUACCGGUACUCACCCAGUCAACACCACUGUGGACUACGGAGGAACCACAUCUUUCCAGUGUAAAGUCCGCAGUGACGUCAAGCCGGUCAUUCAGUGGCUCAAAAGAGUUGAACCUGGUGAUGAGAACAAAUUCAACUCCACCAUAGAGGUUGGAGACCAUCGCUUUGUGGUGCUGCCUACAGGAGAGGUUUGGUCGCGACCAGACGGUUCCUACCUCAACAAGCUGCUAAUAACCAGAGCCAAGGAGGAAGAUGCCGGCAUGUAUAUCUGCCUGGGAGCCAAUACUAUGGGCUACAGCUUUAGAAGUGCCUACCUCACUGUGCUGCCAGAUCGGAAGCAUCAGCCCUCUGUCCCCACAGCAACAUCCCCAACGCUCCCCUGGCCUGUCAUCAUUGGGAUACCAGCAGGUGUCACCUUCAUCUUAGGGACUGCCCUCCUCUGGUUCUGCCAAUCAAAACGUACCUGCUCCUCCUCUCCAUCUCCUUCGUCCUCCUCUGCCCUCCCUGCCGCUCAGCGUCUGCCUGUGGCCAAUCGCGACCGAGCUGGCCCAUCACUCACUCCUCAAACAGCCAACGGGGACAAAGACUGCCUUUCCUAUGAGGACUACAUUGCCCAUCAGCAGUUGCUUCUGGCUCAAGGAGGCACCGGAUUGGCUCCCAAGGUCUACCCCAAUAUCUACACUGAUAUUCACACACACACACAUUCACACGUGGACGGGAAAGUGCACCAGCAUCAGCACAUUCAUUACCAGUGUUAGCAGGAAGGCGAGCAAGCUGAAGCGUGUCACACGCUUCCCUUUCUCAAACAGAGACACGCAGACUCAUUCGUAACAGUUAAAAGCUGACUUACAGAGCAAAGAACAUGCAAGAGACCACGCGGGUUCAAAAACACAAACUUGGGAUCAUGCAACUCGACUGCAGACAUGUGUUUGUAAAUGGACUAACUCAAGGCAUGAGCAAUGAAGAAUGUAAAGAAAGAAGCUCUUUAUUUAAUCCAGUGUGAUCUAUGAGAGGAAAAAUCCCCAACUAUCUUCUAGUCAGGGAUUUAUUAUAUAUCAUAACACAAAAAAAAUAGUCUGCUCUCUACUGCAGUCUCCCUAGAAGUCAUCCAUACUACACCUUGCCCACAUGAAAUGCUUCAUCUAUAGCUACUUAUAGUUUAUAUAGAAAUGAUAAUACAGCAUUUAGCAUGCUUUUUCAUGUAGGGUAAUCUAUAAAGAGGAAUAUAUGUUUUCUGUAACCAAAAGUUUAAUUUCAGCUAAAGUCUCUAAACUGAGCCACAACAACCCUAAGACAAACUGCUGCAUCCUCAACCUUGGCAACAACAAAGGCUUCUGGUGUUGUUACAUCUGCUGGACUCAAAGCUGCUUUUAUCAGGAUCCAGCUGCUAUCUGGGUGCUGUGAGGAAAAAAAGAGCAAUCUGAGUGACAGGCUGCAUCUCCUUUAGAUUGAUUUUAAUCAAAGCAAUGCUGUAAGGUUUUAGAAAACUGAUUACAAUGGUACUAAUUCCUGUUCUAAAAAGACUGACAGAUCCUAUCAUUGACAGCACCUUUAUUUCCCAGAGAUUGUUGGCAUUUUCUGUUUUGCAACGCCUCUUUUUUUGCUUUUGUUCAACCUUCGCUUAGUGUAAAAGAGAUCAGCAUGAUGGAUAUCAUGGUGCUUUCUGGCAUUAUUUCAGGAUUUUGUGGCUCAUCUGUGAUUCACCAGAUAUGUUGCAGGUUUUUCUGUUACGUCUAGGGAGCUUCAAUCGACCUGCUUCAUGUGUAAGGUUAGGCUAUGACUGCUUUACAGAACACCUCACAUUAUGAUAUGAUGUACAUCAGAAGAAGCUUUGCAUAUUCUCGGUCUCCACUUAUUUUAAAGCAGAGACUUGUUUUAGGAGCAGAGUUGUAGGAUAAAGCUGCUUUCUCAUGCUCAGUCAGCCUGAUCAAACAAAUUUUAUUCUCAUCUAGGAAAUUUCGAUUGGAAGCAGCUUAAAACUGAAUCAAAUAUUAAUGUUUUUAUAACAUUUAGUCAUGUCUUUUUCCGGAAAGUUAUAUAGCCCAACUUACCAGCACUCCUAGAACAUGUACUGCUCUUAGCGCUGCGCGAGACCCGUGAAAUGUAAUCAUUUCUUUCUAUGUUCGUAGGAUAUGGAUGAUAUGGAUAUUUGAUCCUGUAUGUUUUGAUAUACUUGCUAUUACAUUUAUCAACACUUCUACUGACCCUUUUGAGAGACAUUUUUCUAUAAUGACAUCCACAAAUCUGUAUAAUCCACUUGUAUGUGGAUUUCCUUUCUCCCUCAUUACAGUUUGGCCUAAUAUUAAUGCCACCUGAAAAUCACACACCAACACACCAAUGGAGCACUUUCACAAGUCUGUAUUUGUGGCUAAACAGACCUUUCCCAAGAAAAUAAGGGUUUGUAAAGACAAUGUUUGAUAUUUCCCCCCAUACUGUUGUACACAGUUUCCAACCAGUGGAACUUGCUUGGCAGAAAAAGGGAAACAUCUAUAAAUGUAUCAUCAACUUUGUUGUAAUUUGAACAAAAUUAAAUCUAAUGGAAACCUGUUUUUGAUAUCAACUGAAGCUCAGGUCUUAAUUACUUCAUCUUUUCCUUCUAUUGACAGUGUUUUGGGAAUUGAAUUAGCUAUUUAUUAGUGCUAAUAACUCUAUGAUCCAAAGUUUCGUUUUUAUACAAAACUCACAAAAUCAGCUGUGGAUUUGGUGGGAAAAAAAGUAGCUUUACCUUUCAUUAAGAUGAUUUGUGGUUAACUUCUUCACUGUGUAUCAGCAAAUGAAAGCUUUUAGCUCUGUGAGGUGCUGGGAUGCAUCACCUGUACUCAACCCCAUCACAGAGCAAAAUUCCCAGAUUCUCUUCUGUUCUAUCUCUGGUGUCCAUUCUUGUGUUUGUGUGUGUACUGAUGAAUCUAACCACUAAAUUAAAGCUGUAUAAAAAAGAUGUGCUAAGAUUAGAUUUAGGUGUCAGCCAUUUUCACUUACAGCACUCACUGAGGGGCAUGUUUGGCCAGCUGUGGUCGAAACAGUGAGGCGACUCGAUCCGGACAAUUUUAGAUAGAAAUUAAACAAAGUUAAAAAGAUAACUGAAAAAAAAUGUAUUCAUUUGAAAUAUAAAUGAGGUUUAAGAAAAUCAACUGAGUGUUUUUAAUGAACCACUUGACAAAAACGUUAUUUAAAGUCAUCUGGCAAGUUCUUUUUUUUUUCCUCACCAUUUAUUUUUGCACAUAAAUCAAGAAGGACAAUGUACAAAUAUCUUUUUCUAAUUGUUUUUAUUUUUAUGUUUGUCCCUGAUAUGUUAUCUGGAGCAAUACACCACAGCUUCAAGUCUCCAUUAGCUUUCUUCUUUUUUAAUGAAAAUAAGUUUGAUACCUGUGAAGUUCCUUUUCUUAUUUUACUCCAGCUAAGCAAGAUGUUAAAUCACUACACUUUGCAUAUGUUUAAACAGUCAGGGUGACUGUUUUUUGUGGAGUCUCCUAUUGUUUCUGUAUAAAACUUCUAAUUUAAAUAAGAGACAGUGGGAAAAAAUGUGCUUACUCUGCUGUCUAAAUGCAUGUGAUGCAUCUCCAAAGGGAUCUCAUGUUAACACUGUGCUACCAGCUUCGACUGAAAUUAGCUUAUCUUUACCUCUUUCCUACAUUAUCUGUAAAUACAUUUUAUUUUUCUUUCAGAACAUCUGCUCACCCUGUAAAAUAACUGAACUUUGUAAAUGUUACCCGAAGGUAUCCUCCCUCUUUUAGAAUAAGGCGUAAUGGUAAAAAAUGACCAUUAAUUUUCUCGCGGUUCCUUUCAUUCAGUGAAUAAGCCCUGUCAUGGUGGCAUAAUGCAUCAAAGCUAAUGGACUGCUACUAAACAGACUGUGUAGAUGUGCACUUACCACUCGUUUGUACAUAGAAUGACGUUAGUGUUGAAGUUAAAUAGUCUUUUAUAUUAUUUAGUAAGAGUGCCUUUGACCAUACAGAAGCUUUAGCAACACAUAGGCCCACAAAACAUUGUAAAUGCUAAAUUUUGUCCAGAUUGGAAAAGAAGGUGUUUCUAAUUUAUAUUUUUGACAUGUUUAUUUUUCCAUAUAUCGGGCAUUAUAUUGCAUGAAUGUGUUAAGAGUCAUAAUGUAAGCUAUGUAGCAAAUACCAUGUAAGAUACUGUAUAUGUGCUGAAAAUUAUACAGAUUUUAUCAAUUAUAUUUGUAUCGACAAUCUUGUACAGUGUAUCAUCAUUUAGAUUAAAAAUUGUUUCCCUUCCAUUGUAAUCAUGUUAUUGGUGCCAAUAAAAAAAUACGAGUGAUGGUG